AUGUUACUGCAGCCAUUUUCCGCUUUCCUUUUUAUUUACUCCUCAACUACUCUGCUACUGGCUACCAACCGUGACCAACAAAUUAUCUUUAAACAUCAAGAUCAUUCCAACUCGCGUGAUCAUUCUUUGUCCAUUGCCCAAGAAGGCACUGGAGUUUUGUCAAAAUGGGCUCGCGAAUCCAGAAGCCAAUUCUUUUCCGAUAUUACUCAAAAUAAAGCGAACGAAUGGGUUAUCGUGAUGGGUAAUGAGGCUGGUGAUACCGAUUCAAUGGCUGCCGCUAUCGCUUGGGCCUAUCAUCUCUCUCACUUGAAACACAAUCCGCAAAAGGCAAUCGCCUUAUUACAAACUGUUGAAGAUGCUCUCGACUUGCGACCGGAGAAUCAGUUAGCCCUAGAGAAAUCCCAAAUGUCUUCUAGACAUAGAGAUUUGUUGACCAUCGACGAGUUGCCUAUCAAACCAUUUGAACUUUCGCACCGCCUUGCGGGAAUCGUAUUAGUGGACCAUAACGUACCUGCACCUGGAUGGCGUCGGGCUUCACUUCUUUCCAUCAUUGAUCAUCACGUGGAUCAGAAAUUGAAUCUCUCUGCAGACCCUCGAAUUUUGGAAGAAGCUGCCUCGUGUUCUUCACUUGUUGCAGAUCUACUUCUUCAAUCAGAAGCUCGCGGUGAACACCGGGUGGUAUCCGGCGAGAAGUACGGCAUACCUACAGAUCUGGUUGAUUUAAUACUGAGGGCAAUUUUUCUCGACAGCGAUGCACUGAGCUCUAAUAAACAUUACAAUGUCGACAAGAGAGCUUCCUAUGGACUUUUUAGGCUCAGCCAAUGGUAUGCACCACCAGAAGGAUACAACAAGCACGCCUGGGAGAAGACCAACAAACAAAAUAUGCGAUUGAAUUUUCAAGGCGCUUCAGGGCGAGACACGUCGUUAGAAGAAAACCAAAGGCACAAAUGGGAGAAGCGUGAAUUGAGAAAACUAGCGACAAACUUCUGGGCGGAGAUGAGUGAGGCUCGUGGCCAACUGCAACGCUUAGAUGUGCGUGAUUUGUUGAGGCGAGAUUGGAAAGCUAAUGCUGUUCGGACCGCAACCAUCAAGUAUCCAUACCUAACCCUAGGUUUCGCUUCGAUUCCUUUCAACAUCGAACAGCAGGUUCAGAGAACGCCGGAGCAAACAGUUCCCGAAUGGUUUGCGAUUGAACGUGCCUUCACUUCGGAAAUAGGUGCCGACGUAUCCGUGGUUCUGACGAAGUUCAAAUCGGAGAUUACUGGCAAAGCCGAAAGAGAGAUUAUGUUGGUUGUCGCGCAUGGUUGGGGAAAACUACUCACGACGGAAGCUGCGACCGACCUGUUUUUGACUCUUUGCAAGAAUAUCGAAGAAAAAUUUGACGGCUUGCAAGAAUGGACACGACCUGACCAUAAACCACUUUUACCUCGACGAAAAGCAUGGCGAAUGACGGUGAAAGGCCGACCUGUUGGGCGAAAGGUGCUGAUGCCACUAGUCUUGAAGGCGGCAUCUGAAUGGAAUUGGAAUUCGACUGCGGUAGCAAUCUAUGGCGAAUAA